AUGAACGAUAAGUUUGGCGACACUAAAGCUCACCUGAUUGAUUCUGCCGGGCUAAAGGCCAUGUAUCAGAAUUUCCCAGCCAAUUUGAAUGGGCUUCUCGCAUACAUUAAUCUCGAAGACGGGUGGGCGGACGCUGGAGCAGCCUUUGGGCAACUGGCACAGGUGUGCAGCCAGGCUGGUGUCAGCUUUAUCACGGGCCCCCGCGGAAGAGUCACGUCCCUGCGGAUUUAUAACGGAAAGGUAGUCGGCGUGAACGUUGCUCAAGGAAGCCCAAUUCUUGCUGCUCAAGUCAUUCUGUCGACUGGGGCGUGGUCAAAUCGUCUCCUACCAAUGAGCCACGCCAUCAUAGCGGAUACCCGUUAUUUAGAACUGGAGUACGGGGCUGUUCGUCUUCCCACCCCCCCGUACCCUCGAAGACGGUUUGGGAAGAACCUACUCAAAGUGGUCCGCCAUGGAUUUAGGUUCGCGACGAAUUUCUCGGUUGGAGGGGGCCACCGAACUGUGUCUUCGCCCAAAUUAAACUCGAACAAUGCCACUUCGGGCUUCCUCCCAGACGAUGCCGCCGACGGGCUUCGUGAUGGACUGCGCCAGAUCGUGCCCCGAUUUGCGAACCGCCCAUGGUUCACGAAGCGGAUGUGCUGGUACUCUGAUACUCUCGAGAGCGACUUCAUCGUGGAUCGUCAUCCGCAGAUUGACGGCCUAUUUCUCGCGACCGGCGGUGCUGGACACUCUUUCAAAUACAUGCCCAUCCUGGGACGUUACAUCGCGGACGUCUAUGAGAACAAAGCCUCGCCCGAUAUUCGUCAGAAGUGGAGAUUCAGGCUGCCAGAUGGGAUACUGGAGGGACCGAAGGCUAGAGAUGGAAGUAGAGGGGCCCCUCCUUUAAGGCAGUUGCGUCCCGAUGAGCAAGCUAAGCUGUAA